CAUUGUAAUCUGUAAAUAAUAGUAGAUACCAGAUACUUAAAUAGAGUAAAUAAUUGAGGCUAAUAUUAUCCCUGCAGCCUGUUCUUUGAAAUUUGAAUUGCAAAACAAAUAAGCAUAAACGGCGUACAACAGUACAAAUGGAGAUCACUCUGUAAUGUGAACUGCAACUAAAUAUUAUCUGACUGACCCGUAUGUCGACUUUUCACUACUAUUUUUGUAGAAACAGUCAGCAAAUUGUUAUAUUUUCGAAAAAAGGAUUACAAAUGCAUAUACUUAAGUCUACCGUACUUUAAGGAUAAUUGGUUAAACUUCUUUUACAAAAAAUUGGCCAAAGAUACCCCUAAUCCAUAUUGACUUUAUCACAUAUACAAAGCAAUAAAUAAUAUUCAAUUAAUCAAGCGGCCAGCCAUGACUCACUUAUGUCAAAUAGGCUGUAAAUACGUGACUUGUGUUUAUUGUUUACGCAAAACGCCUUACCGCUUACGGUAAAUUACAUAAAUUAAUGGAUAACCUAUGAUAUUGAUAUGAAGUUUGCAUAAAAGACAAAGUAGCUUUGAAUUAUAAUUUAAGAAGAUGCAAACAAUUGUUGAAAGCACUAAGGAUAAUAUUAAAAUUAUAAGAUUUAAUAAACCAAAGAAGAAAAAUGCUUUAGAUUGUGAUAUGUACUUCCAAAUAUCUUCUAUAUUACAUAAAGCAGCGACUGAUGAAGAUAUAAUAAUGGUUGUUUUGUCUGGAAUUGGUGAUUUUUACAGCAGUGGUAAUGAUUUUUCCUCCGCCACAAAUAAUAAAGAAGAACUUCGUGAUGUUCUAAUUAAAUUAAUUCAAGCUUUUGUUUUAUUUCCAAAAUUAUUAGUUGCUAUAGUUCAAGGUGGUGCCAUUGGAAUAGCUGCUACAACUUUACCACUGUGUGAUUUUGUUUUCGCUUCAAGUGAUGCUUUUUUUUCUACACCAUUUACAAAAUUGGGUAUAGUAGCAGAAGGAGGUUCUUCAUUAACAUUUCCACAAAUUAUGGGACACAGAAAGGCGAGACAGAUGUUAAUGUUAAAUUACAAAAUGAAAGCUCAAGAGGCUCUGGAAUGUGGACUGAUCAGUCAUGUAUAUGAUCCCAAGGAAUUAGAAGAUAGAGCUUGGGAAAAUAUAUAUGAAAUAUUGAAGUUACCACACGAUUCCUUAAUAGCUACAAAGAAGCUACUGCAAAAGCCUCACUUGGAUCAACUGUUGUCAACUUGUCAAUUAGAAAUUGAAGAGCUUUACAAUAUUGGAAAAAGUAAACUAUAAAUGUACACUGCAUUUAGCAAUUAAUUAAUGUUUCAUGGAGAUAAAAUAGUUAUAGGCCGACCUUUUAUCUGAGUCCUUGCCUGCAUGGUACAGGGGCGCGGGGGUAUGACGACAAAGGGGACUGAGACAAGUGCGGGCGGCGGGGGCGCUUAGUGAAAUGAGCGAAUACAAAAAUACCGCUCAGGCGAGGACUCAGAUCAACGGUCGGCCUAUAUGUACUUGUUGACUUCUAUUCAAGGUUUUCAUUCUUAAAAUAUUUUUAUAGAUUUAUUUUUUACAAAUAUAAUACCUAUUCCAUUUUGUAAUAUGUAAAAUAAACCAAGUUUCUUCAAUGAUCUCAUAGAUCCAUAAUGUCUCAAUAAGGUUACAGUACUCAAAUUAUAUAUGAAGGGCACAGGGGAAAAACAUGCAAUGUCAAUGACACAAUGAACUGAGAAAUUGUUAAAUUAACAUUUUGAUCCUUGAAAAAUGUUAUAAAAGAAACUUAAAUAAAACAAAGACAUAUUAAUUAAUGAAGAAAAUAUAUUGGUUUUGGGUGUGUAGUACAAAAAAAUAACAUUUUGGUUGUAUACAGAAAAAAAGUAAACAAACACAGAAUAUACAGGAAAAAAAUAUGCAAUGUCCAUAAAAUUGUUAUUGUUUAUGCAUGACUAUAUUUAAUCCGUGAGAAGUAUUCCUUAGCUCUUGGUCCACAAACCUUUGACAAAGCCUGGAUAUCCAUAAAUUUUGGUUUUGAAACUGGAAGGCUCUCAAUGUACGACCUUUCUGGUAGUAAAAACUCUAAGACACCAAUAGUAUAAUCAUGAGACUUCAACUUUUGUUUUGGUCCCAUGAGAGCAGACUAUGUCCAGGCAGAAUUGUAAUGUUCUCUAUGAAAAAUUAAUCUUGGAUGAUCUCCUUUCCAACCUUGAUUUCUCUUAUGGGUCGAGAUAAAAAAGGACAUGUCUUCUUAUACAUAGGUGACAGAAAUGAUGUCCAUUUUCUGACAAGUGGUUGGUCAACUUUAAUCACAUGAAAUGGGGAUGGCUUCUGUCUAGCAUCACGAAUCACUUUAACCCAAUCAUUAGGUAUUUCACGUGGUGCUUUCUGGUUUAUGCAACCCAUAUUUCUGUCACACUCUAAAUAUGAGUGUCCAUGAAUGGGAAAUAUGAUUUUGAUGACAUCCAAACUUUUUGAAACACGGUAUAAUUCUAAUUUUGAUCACCGCAAGAAUCACAGAAGAUCACCAGCUCCCGAAAAUUUAUAUCAAGCUUAUUGAAUAUAUAGUAAUGAAGAAAUGAACAUACUUCAUCGGAACCUUUUUUGGCUACUGUUUCCGGGUAACAGAAGAAAUAUGAUUUAUAUGUAGAUAAUUCAUGGAUGUUAAAAGUAUUUAAGGUUAAUUGUCUUUUAUAAUAGACAUCAUUUGUGGUAAUGUUCGGCAUACUCAAAUUUUUUUGAAAAUCCAUUGCAAUAGCUUCCUUCACAGAGGAUGACUGACACUGCAUCCUAAUUUGCCUUUUUCGUUGAUAGAAAACACCUGCCUUCAGUUUAUGUAACUUAUUCUCAAUUUCUAGCUUCUUUAUUUCUUUUUCAAUAUCACUUUUUUGUAGCUCAUUGGAAUUCUUCAGAUUUGCUUUAAGAGCUUUUGUUUUAGCCAAAAAUUCAUCACAUGUACUGCAUGUAUCACUUCUCGGAUAUCCAAAUCCUAUGUUGAAGUUAUUUACGAAUAUAUAUCGAUAUGUUUCAUAGGACAAUUGUUGUUUGUCUUCAUACAUAUCAUACAUUUUUUUGACAUUCAACUCUUCGGGCAAAUAAAUUUUUGAGCUAUCGUGUAAACUAUAAUGACUUUUUCUUCCACGAAAUGACCUUAUAUGCUCCAUGACCUUAGAUUUAAGAGCUGAGCUAAGUUUUUUUGGGCGGUUAUUAUGUUUACCUCACAUGUUGGUUGGGACUUUACCUGCUGUAAGUAAUUAUUUUUUUAUUGUACAUACUCUUUGCCUUGUUAUUCCAUGUAUUUCAAUAAAUGCAGAAGCACAUACUGGUACAUCAAUAGGUUGGAUAUCGUCCACAAGUCUCACUCUGUAGGCAUAAUUUGCUGUAUGAAACUUAGCUUCAUCCUUAUCUUUUCUAGGUCGUCUUUGAAUUUCUAAAACACUUAUUAGGCCACUUAAAUAAAGGUUUUGUUCAUCCCUAGAUGGCAGUAGAUUGAAAUAUUUCAAAAUUCUGGCCCUCUGUUCCUCAUUGACAACUUCAAAACACUUGUAUCUCUUGCAAUUACAGUUGAAUCCAGUUUCAUGACUUUGAAGUCUAAUUUUCUUAUUAACUUCCGACAUACGACCGUAAACUUUACGUUUUUUGGUAGCUAGCUUCAGAUUAACGUCGUCUUCUUCUUGAGACGACAUUCUUCACUUCAAAUAAUUGAUUGAAAUAGAAUUAUAUCUUGAUCUAAUCUAAACACACGCUGCAUAACAAAACAGACGAAUGAAAUAAAAAUAACAUAUGUCAAAUUGACAACCAUGGACAUUUUUUUUUGGUUCUCUUCGUCCAUCUGGACAGGCAAAGGGGCAACCAUGGACAAUGCUUAUUUUUUUCCUGUACGACUUGGACAUUGCUUGUUAUUGCAUCGUAUUAAUAUUUUUGAACGAAGAUUACUCUGUGACUGUGCAUGUUCUUCUCUAGAACGUUUUUGCGUUCCGUUCUACCCCUUUUACACUACAAAAUGGCAUUACCAGUUUAAAAAAAGUAAAAAUGUGACAUUGCAUAUUCUUCCCCUGUGCCCUUCAUAUUAUUAUAUCAAAAGCAUUGUUGUUAUUUAGUUAUAUUUUGUUAUUGGAUUUAAUUUUUACUAAUUAAUUAAACUAAGUGAUGUGUACUAAAACUCAUUGAUUGUUAAAUACCUAUAUCAUGAUGUUGAUAUUCAAUAUAAAUAAAUAAAUAACUUUAAUUUACAA